GCGGGGCAGCCCGGACAGGGACAGACGUGAGGGCGGGAAGGAGCCGCCGCUGACCCAGACAAGCGCCGGCGCGGGGCUUUUCUCGGUUACACGGGCGGCCCGGGUGGACGCCGCGGCUGGGGGGCGCGCAUCCGUCGAGGGGGAAAGGGGCGUGGGGAGGCGGGCGGCGCAGCCAGGAGCCUGGGGUGUGAGUGCGCCGCUGCGGCACUGCCUGAGGUGGGGCGCAGCGCAGCGCAGCGCGCGGGGGAGCGCAGGGCGCGGCGGAGUCGGGUUUCAGAGCGCGGGUGACUCAGGGCGCCGGCCGGGCCGGGAUCCUGCCCGCCGCUGCCGCUGCCGCCGCCGCCGCCGCCGCUGCCCCUGCCCAGCGCCGCCUUUGUUCCCGGCGGGAAGAGCCAGCGGCCCGCGCGCAGCGCCCAUCGCCGUCCGCGGAGCUCGGCGGCCCGGCGCCCUCGGGGGCUCGCGGAACUGCGGGAUGGCACCAAGGAGGGACACGCAGCGCUGGCGCCUGCUGUUGCUGCUUUCCAUCUCCGCGCUUCUCCCCGCUGUCUCCCGCACCCGCUCCGCGACAGGUGCGGAAGCAUGACCGCCAGCUGAGACACCUGGCGCUUUGCCUUGCAAGAAAUAACGGGACUGAAUUGCCCUGAUGCCUAACUUAGCCCUGAGUUACCUGGAGAGUCCCAUCCGUCGUGGGCAGAGGCUCCAUGCGUGAUGGGAAGAGCUGUGGACUGGGAACCAGGGGAUCUGAAUUGGCUUCCCAGGGCCACCUGGACCUCACGGAGCUCAUCGGCGUCCCGCUGCCCUCGUCUGUGUCCUUUGUCACUGGCUAUGGUGGCUUCCCAGCGUACAGCUUCGGGCCUGGUGCCAAUGUCGGCCGCCCUGCCAGGACCCUCAUCCCACCCACCUUCUUCAGGGACUUUGCCAUCAGUGUGAUGGUGAAGCCCAGCAGCGCACGAGGUGGCGUGCUCUUUGCUAUCACAGAUGCCUUCCAGAAGGUCAUCUACCUGGGCCUGCGGCUCUCAGGCGUAGAGGACGGCCGCCAGCGGAUCAUCCUCUACUAUACGGAGCCCGGCUCCAAGGUGUCCCAUGAGGCUGCCGCCUUCCCCGUGCCCGUGAUGACCCACAGGUGGAACCGCUUUGCCGUGGUGGUUCAGGGCGAGGACGUGACCCUCCUCAUGGACUGCGAGGAGCACAGCCCCGUCCCCUUCCCGAGGUCCUCCCGGGCCUUGGCCUUCGAGCCCAGUGCGGGAAUCUUCGUGGGCAACGCAGGAGCCACGGGGCUGGAGAGAUUCACCGGUUCCAUACAGCAGCUCACUGUCCACCCUGACCCCAGGACUCCUGAGGAGCUGUGUGACGCUGAAGAAUCCUCGGCAUCAGGAGAGACCAGCGGGCUUCAGGAGACAGAUGACGUAGCUGAGAUCUUGGAGGCCGUCACCUACACUCAAGCCCCGUCUAAAGAAGCAGAAGUUGAACCCAUAAACAUACCUCCAACUCCAUCCCCUCCCUUUGAGGAUGCAGAGCUUUCCGGUGAACCUGUACCUGAGGGGACCCAGGAAACGGCCAACUUGAGUGCCAUCCCGCACAGCAGCCCUGAGCAAGGGUCUGGUGAGAUCCUGAAUGACACACUGGAGACAGUUCAUACUGUGGACGGUUCCCCCAUUACAGACACUGGCUCUGGGGAUGGGGCCUUCCUUCAUGUCGCUGAAGAGGGUCCACGUACGGAAGACGGUUUGGCAGCAACAGCAGCUGGGGAGGCCGAGGUGCCCGUCGGCACUGCCAGUGAAGCGGAGGCCGGCAGCGUGCCCUCCGAGGGACGGAGCCCCUCCAUGUCCACCGAGCACCCUGGGGAAGGGGUCACUCUGGCUCCAGAUAAUGAGGAAGGUUCAGCAGCAGGGGAGGCCGAGGUGCCCGUCAGCAGUGCCGGGGAAGCGGAGGCCAGCACUGUGCCCACCGAGGGACUGGCCCUCUCCAUGCCCACCCAGGACCCUGGGGAAGGGGUCACUCUGGGUCCAAUCAGUGAAGAAAGCUUAACAACAGCAGCAGCUGCAGCAGAAGUGCCCCUCAGCACUUUUGAGGAAGAGGAGGCCAGCGGGGUCCCCACCGAUGGCCUGGCUCCCCUCACACCCACAGCGGCCCCCGAGCCAUUGCUCACAUCUGGUCCUAGUGAUGAAGACGUGGCAGCAGCCACACCAGAGCAGCCCCUCACGGCGGCUGAGGUGAAGGAGUUGGGCGGCACUCCCCCUGAGGGGCCCCCGCUCCCCAUCCCCACAGUGGCUCCAGAAAGAGAGCUCCCUCCGGUGGGAGCGGAGGCUGAGGGCUCCGGCUCGGGCUGGGGUUUGGACGUUGGCUCUGGCUCUGGUGACCUGGUGCGCAGGGAGGAGCUGUUAAGAGGUCCCCCAGGCCUCCCAGGCCCACCUGGCUUACCUGGGAUUCCAGGAACACCAGGAACUGAUGUUUUCAUGGGACCCCCUGGAUCUCCUGGAGAAGAUGGACCUGCUGGUGAACCUGGUCCCCCGGGUCCUGAGGGAAAGCCUGGACUUGUUGGAGCCUCUGGCCUUCCUGGAAUGAAAGGGGAGAAGGGAGCAAGAGGACCUGAUGGCUCAGUUGGGGAAAAGGGUGAUCCCGGCAACAGAGGCUUACCAGGACCCCCAGGGAAAAAUGGACAAGUUGGCGCUCCUGGGGUCAUGGGACCCCCAGGACCUCCUGGACCCCCUGGACCCCCAGGCCCUGGAUGUUCAAUGGGACUUGGAUUUGAGGAUAGCGAAGGCUCUGGAAGCAUCAGGCUGUUGCAUGAGCCCAGAAUCUCUGGACCAACGGCUUCAAGUGGUCCUAAAGGAGAAAAAGGAGACCAGGGACCCAAGGGUGAAAGAGGGAUGGAUGGAGCCAGCAUUGUGGGACCCCCUGGACCCAGGGGGCCACCAGGGCGCAUCGAGGUCUUAUCUAGUCCUUUGAUCAACGUCACCCAUGGAUUCACGAAUUUCUCAGGCAUUCCAGAGCGCGUCGGGCCUCCGGGCCCCGAGGGCAUGCCUGGGCUGCCAGGAUUUCCAGGCCCCAGAGGACCAAAAGGUGACACUGGCGUGCCUGGAUUUCCAGGACUAAAAGGAGAACAGGGUGAGAAGGGAGAGCCGGGCGCCAUCCUGACAGGGGAUAUUCCGGUGGAAAGGCUGAGAGGCAAAAAGGGUGAACCUGGAGAGCACGGAGCUCUAGGACCGAUGGGGCCCAGAGGACCACCAGGACACAAAGGAGAAUUUGGCCUCCCCGGACGACCCGGUCGCCCAGGAUUGAACGGCCUCAAAGGCGCCAAAGGAGAUCGAGGGGUCAUGAUGCCGGGCCCACCUGGCCUACCUGGUCCUCCAGGCCCUCCAGGAACACCUGGAGCUGUGAUUAACAUCAAAGGAGCUGUCUUCCCCAUACCAGUCCGGCCACACUGCAAAACACCAGUUGGUACAACGUAUCCUGGGAAUUCAGAACUCAUCACCUUUCAUGGUGUUAAAGGAGAGAAAGGAUCCUGGGGUCUUCCUGGCUCGAAAGGAGAAAAAGGCGACCAGGGGCCCCAGGGACCACCAGGCCCUCCUGUGGAUCCCACUUAUCUGAGACAUCUUCUGAACAGCUUGAAGGGGGAGAACGGAGACAGGGGGAUCAAAGGAGAAAAAGGGGACUCUGACAGUGGCUUCUCUGUGUCGGGGGCCCCAGGACUGCCAGGAAGUCCAGGCCUGGCGGGCCAGAAAGGGGAGGCUGCCGUCGGGCCCCAGGGACCCCCAGGUGCUCCUGGCCUGCCUGGGCCACCUGGCUUUGGGAGGCCUGGUUCCCCUGGGCCACCGGGACCCCCAGGGCCACCGGGACCUCCAGCUAUCCUAGGAGCAGCUGUGGCCCUUCCAGGCCCGCCUGGCCCUCCAGGACAGCCGGGCCUUCCCGGAUCCAGAAACUUGGUUACAGCAUUUAGCAACAUGGAUGACAUGUUGCAGAAAGCACAUUUGGUCAUAGAAGGGACAUUCAUCUACCUGAAGGACAGCACUGAGUUUUUUAUUCGUGUUAAAGACGGUUGGAAAAAAUUACAGCUGGGAGAACUGAUCCCCAUUCCGGACGACAGUCCUCCACCUCCUGCGCUUUCCAGCAAUCCUCAUCAACCUCAGCUUCCACUGAUGUCUCUUUCAAGAGUCAGUUAUGACAGGCCUGCACUGCACUUGGUUGCUCUGAACACGCCAUUUUCUGGGGACAUUCGAGCUGAUUUUCAGUGCUUCCAGCAGGCCAGGGCUGCAGGACUGUUGUCCACCUACCGAGCAUUCUUAUCCUCCCAUUUGCAAGAUCUCUCCACAGUUGUGAGGAAAGCAGAGAGAUACAGCCUUCCAAUAGUAAACCUCAAGGGUCAAGUACUUUUUAAUAAUUGGGACUCCAUUUUUUCUGGCCAUGGAGGUCAGUUCAAUACACAGGCUCCAAUAUAUUCCUUUGAUGGCCGAGACGUAAUGACAGAUCCUUCUUGGCCCCAGAAGGUCGUUUGGCAUGGCUCCAGCACCCAUGGAGUCCGUCUUGUGGAUCAGUACUGUGAGGCGUGGCGAACCGCCGACGUGGCAGUCAUGGGCUUGGCCUCCCCACUGAGCACGGGGAAGAUUCUGGACCAGAAAGCGUACAGCUGCGCUAAUAGGCUAAUUGUUCUGUGUAUUGAAAACAGUUUCAUGACAGAUGCGAGGAAGUAAUGACCUUCCCAUGAUUCUUAAGAGUCUUCCAAUUUUUUUUUAUGUGAAGAGUUGACACUGAAAUCUAAAAUGUUUAAACGUUGUAAAUAUUAGUUUUUUUUUAUUACACAUUCGUCACAACAGCAGCCAAAGAGAACAUACCUCAAUACACUCAAAACUGAAGACAUAAAGGACUCAGAUCAAAGAUAAAAUCUGAUCCAUCUAUUGGUGCUAGAUUCUGCAGGAAACCCCAUGCAGUGUAAACACAUCCCAACAUGGUUAAGAGCAAGUUGAAAACAAAGGCCUUGGCAUUCUGCCCACUGCAUCCUUCAGAAAGUGAUUUCCUUCUUUUAACCAUUGCUGAGUGUAAGAUGUCCUUCAUGUUUUCUUACAAAGUCAGUGUUUAGAAAUGUUACCCCUAAGUUAUGUGCAGACCAAAUGCUUUGUUCUUUAAUAUACAUCCAUUGUUUGCAACUGCUAUUCAUACAGAGAAACAGAACUGCUCAAAAUGAUCCUAUUUGUAUUUUCUGAUAUUACCAGACUUUAAUGUUUUUUUCCUAAAAUAUUAUUGCCAUCAUGCUUUAGGAGUUUUAUAUUUUUACACAACAUAUUUUAGUAUGGCAUCUGUUUAUAUAAAUGACUUGCUGGAAAAGUUUAAACUCCCAAUGAUCUGAAACUAGAGAAUAAAUAGCACAUAAUUACUACCUUUCCCUUGGCGGCCCUUUUCCCCAUCCCCAUCCUGAUUUUAUGACUUCCACUUGGCAAUGCUUGAAUUACAACAGCGAUUGAACAAACAGGUUCAUGGGGAUGAAUUUUCUGAGACACAUAUAUCUUCAUGCUGUAUACUUUGAUUCUCUUUUUUUCCAUGUUAGUGAACAUAAAGACAUCUUUUCCAGGC